GUAACCUUCGUGACUUACCAGAUCGUGUUGUCCAGCUUAUCAGACAAGCUCAUCGGCGACAACGAACUAGUACUACCCAUGCCGAAAGCCCUGGACAUUGCCGUGCGCCGAUGUGUGGAUGUCCUUGUGGGCAUCGUGGUGGCCACGGUCGUUAGUAUCUUCUUGGCACCGGAUCGUGGCAUCGACGAACUCCGUGAUCGUGAGAACGAAGCGCUGAAAUGCGCCGUAAGUGCCUUGCGCCGCGCGGGUGCGGUGCUCGCUGCAACGGCUGCUGGCCAGACCCGCGACUCCACGGAGGACGAGGAGGCUUGGACCGAACUCCGGAGCGAAGUUUGGACCUCUUUCGAGGCGUUGAAUUUCGCGGGGGAUGGGCAGCCGGGUGUUGGCGAUGUGUUGGAAGAUGCGCGCUGGGAGGGUCGCUGGGGCGUGGAUGGCGGCUUCCUCGUGCUAGGCGGCCUUCUUUGGCUGCCGGGGCGCUGCUUCCGCUGCUGCGGCCGCCGGAAGAAGCCGAGCAGCCGGAAAUGCCUUCAG